AUGAAAGUCACAGUAAUACUAGCUGUAAAUUGCUUUGCUUACCUUUCAAUCGCUUUACUUAAUCCUGAACAAGCAAUUUCAAAGAUGUCUAUUAAGGAUAGCAUUAGAGAAUGGGAAUGGUUAAGUAAUUACCUAGCAACAUCAAUGAUAAAAAGUAAAAUCAUGAAAGACAAUGGGAAAUUAGAAGUUGCAAUAUUUCUUCUAAAUCAACCACAUCAAAAUCAACUUUACGAAGGUUUUCAGUCAAGUUUUAGUAAAUUUUCAAAAGAAAACAUCGUAAUCUCCAGCAUGUCAUUUCCUAAAUUGAGGAGAGAUUUAAGAGCAGAUUUUGUCCUAAUUUUGACAACACCAGAUCCAUUGGAUUACAAACAUCUAGUUGAAAAUGGAUUUAAAGUUAUUUUUACUAGCAAGCAAACAAGAUUCAUUAUUAUCAUCAGAGCUUGGUAUAAUUGGAAUAAAAUAUUGAGAUCGUUUUGGGUUCAAAUGAAUUUAAAUAAAUAUUUAAAUGUAUACAUAGCACUAGAAAUGGACUUUGGGAUAUUUGAUAUUUAUUACACAUCUUAUGUGAUGCGAAAUCAAAUAGCACUUGCAAAGGUCGACAGUCAAAGUGUUAGUGAAAAAUUCGUGACUAUCAGAGACACAAUAAAUGUAGCUAUUACACCAUCAUUUAAGAUUCUUACUUACGAUUCAUUUCCUACGUCAUUCAUUGAAAAUUUCAAAAUUAAAGGAGUCGAUGGAUAUUUAAUUGAUGAGUUUGUUAAGCAACUCAACACAUCUUACACAAAUGUACAUACUGGAAAUAAAAAUCCAACAGUUUCUAUGCUUCUUUCAUAUUUAUCCACAUCAGUUGAUAUUUGUUUAUGUGCGCAGUAUAACAUUGAAAGUAAAAAUCUAGAAAGUGUAUGGCUUAAUGAAAUUGAUGGCGUAUGCUUAUUAGCACCAAGAAUCAUUCAGGUUAGCUCAUAUGAUAAUUUCACCGUCGGAAUAGAUCAACCAACUGUUGUUCUAGCAAUAGCUUCUGCAAUAUUGGUAUUAAUCUGCUGGAAGAUCAUCUCAAUACAUUCAGAGCAUCGAUUAUCAACUUUAGCAAUGAUGUUUGCAAUUGCAAAAUUGGCAUUAUUUAGUGGAGUUGAUGGCUUGAAUCGAAUGAAUCUUAAGGAAAAGUUGUUGCUGUUUUCAUUCAUAUUUGCGUCAUUCUUCCUGCACAACAUAUACGAAGGCUCUGUGUUGUCAUUUAUGAUGAGAGAUCCUUCUGUUAGAUCAGCAAGUGAUAUUGAAGAAUUAAACAACAGCGAUACCAAGUUCUACUCAUAUUAUUAUGAUGAAACAUCUUCUUCGAAAUUUCCUCAAAUUCGCAAAGAUUUGAUUAUGAAUAUUUUUGAUCCAGAAGGCUCAGUAUCACUCAACCUGCCUAAUGAUUUUGAUGAGAACUUGGUCUAUAUGGUUACAUGUGGAUUUGCUGAAAAUUUCGUAAAAUCGUCCAAAAACUUUCUUAAUAAUCGACGACAGUUUGAUACUAUAAAAAUAACUCAAUCCUAUCGACGUUUUACAAUCCGAAAUGGAUUCAUAUUCUCAGACGAGUUUUCAAGAUUAGCUGCAUUAUCUUUAGAAUCUGGUAUCCGUAGCUAUUGGACAAUGGAGACUUAUCGGUUAUCGGGAGGAUUCAGUAAUGCUGUCAAUUAUAGAAAUGACUUAGGAAGAACUUUUAUUAAGUUUGAAGAUUUGGCGUUUCCACUUAUUGUUUUCCUUGUUGGAAUUUCUGUGGCAUCUUUCGAGUUUAUCGCUGAAAUUGUAAAAAAUCAUUUUAUGCUUUUACAGUUAAGGAGACUAAUGGUUGCUCCAAAACCUACCAUUCAAGUAAACAAGACAGCACCAAACUUACAAAAAUGGAUAAUUAAAUACAUUAAGAAAGAUUCAAGAUGUUUAAAAAUCACUAAAGAAUUAAAGUCAAACGAAGAUAUAUCAAAAAUCUUGAAAAAUAAGAAGCGAGAUAUUAUGAAGAAUGCGAAAUUCCAAGAAGGAAAGUUAAAAGGUGGAUAUUUAGUUCCAAAGAGGCUGAAACAGAGAAGAAUAAUUGGAGUGAUUCCAAAACAAUCAGACACAAAUGAAACUAAGAUCUAA